UCCCACCCUCGUGACCAGCCCACGCGACUCUCCCUCUGGGUUGGCCAUCAAAGAGGAAGGGCUUGUCUGUGGUCGGGGCUAUCUCGGGCACGGGCCAAGAAAAGGCGACCGACCAGUCCCGAGUGGCCUUGGGACUGCUGGGGACCUCGGAGGGAGCUUAGCCUCCGCUCCUCCACCCCGGCCCGAAGAGUUUGCCCUGGAGCAACGCUUAGAGAUCCCAGCCCGGGACUGGCACCGAGAGCGGAGGGACAGGAUUAUACUGCACUCUGCUGGUUAGCAGGUUGUUCUGACAAAAUGCUAGCAGAAGCUUUCUUACCUGGGAUCCUGUACCAAGAGCACAUUAAGUCAUACCAAGCACACACAUGUAAGCAGAACCCCAAAAAGGAGAAGGAACCUUGGACAGACCAGCUUUUGGAGAGUGAAGAUAUGAAGCUUCCCUCCACUGAAACGAAGGGGCUGGACAGUGGGCCACCUGCAAGCUGCCCAGAGUACAGUAAGGAUAUGUGCCAGCAGAGAUCGGCAGAUGGGGUGGCAAUGCAGGGCCAACAGAGUACAGCCCUCCAGGGUAACGCGUCAGCAGCGUUGCAGAUCCCCCAAAGAGCCCCACCGGAAGAAAGCGAGCUGGAUCUGUAUCGCUCGUGGUCCUGCGCUAGCAUCUGCCAGAAUUAUCCUGAUCUCCAUAUUGGGGGAAAUCGUGUGGGGCAUGCUUAUGAUUCUGGUUGUUUCAUGGACCAUGCCCAUGAUGAGACUUUCACAGGACCCCUGCUUCUCUCAGAGGACAUCCUACUGGGCCGUUCUCCCAUCCCCAGCAGGCAGCCUCCCAUGGCAUACAAAUUCCUGCCUGGAGAUGAGGUUCGAGAACGAAGCAUCCUCUUGCACAAACAGCCCCUCUCUGACUCCUUGCUUAACAGCUAUGUGGAAAAGAAGGUGGAUGAGCUCUACAAGCAGGUUUUUGAAGAGAACUUGACCCGAUGCCGCUCUGUGACCAGUCUCGUGGCUUCCAAUCUACUAAUGAACAACUUGAAUCACAUCAGCCUUCAGAUCUCACAAGAACAAAACAUUGAGGUGUCCCGAGCUCGAGAGGCCCUCUUGCAGUCUAUGGCCUUGCGCAGCCUGUACUAUGCUUCCAAAGGAAACAGCUCAGAGCUCAGCACUCCCAACCUGCAGAUCUCUAGUCAGACAAAGUGGGAGAAGUUGCCGAAGUUGUAGGCAAUACCCUUUGGGCUGCUGCUGCUGUGUCAGAAGACUGCCCCAGUAGCCUUUUCAAUUUGGGGGUGGGGGGAAGAGGCAUCUUUGCAUGUGGGGAAACAUUUCUGGAGAGCUCAGAGCUGACAAGUGCAUUUCUCACUUUGACCAUCAGGCAUUGGGAAGGUGCUGAAUUCAUCUUUUUUGGACCCACUGUCAAAUUGUGGCACUACCAUUGCUUACUACCAUGGUGACAGGAAUACCAAAUUGCAGAAUUAUUAAGCUGGAAAUGAUCUUUGAAGUAUGUAGUCCAAUGCACAAGCAAAACAAUAAUCCUUACUAUACCACACCCAACAAAGGAACAUUCAGCAUCUACGUGAAAUCCUCCAGAAAGGCAGCAACUCCUUAUUCCUGAGGCAGCCCAUUGAACUUAUGGAAGCCUUUCAUUCCAUCAGACUUGAAUUUGCUUUGCGAUUUGUGUCCGAUACUUCUAGUUUGGCUUUCUCGGGCCAAACUGAAUAAGUCCAAUCUCUUUUCCUAAUGACAGUCCUUUGAUUACUUGAAGAUAGCAAUCACAUUCCCCCUACCCUCUUCUUCAACAAACUAAAUGUUUCUGUUUCCUUUAAUUGAUUCUUGUAUGGCAGAGACUCAAGGCCUCUUGUGUGUAUGUUGUAUGUUUCUCUUUUCAGAUAUAGAUUGGAUUAAAUGGUCACUGAAAUGCCUUCCAACUCAGAGAUCCUGAGAGUCUGUCAUUCUGUAAAGUUGCUUUUCCUCUUUGGCCCUCAGUUUCCCAAUCUAUCCUGUCAAAGUUUGGAUUUGAUAGCCUUGAAGGUCCCUUCAAGCUCUUAGUCUCUGGUCCUGGCUAUGGAGAGCAAGUGCCAUUAGCCUCAUUUGAGGUCAAUUUGAGGUUAAAGUAUCAUGAGGAGACUGAGGCCUAUGACAGUUUAGGUAACUUCUGGGGUAACUUUUCAAGGAUCUAACAGAGCUGAGACUCAAUGCCAAGUUUUCUGACUACAAGAUGGCUGGAUGGUUUUAUCCACUACAACAUGUUCUGAACCUCCCUCAAAUGGUGAGUUCCUGUAUUUUGUGACAGGUACAUUGGAGAUGCUCAAUUGCUUUUUGAUUCAAAGGGAUGCCUGUUUCAUUUAUUCCCUGACUUCCCCCUUGCCCUCUGCCUUCCCUUUGGCAGCUUUGUUUUAUACUGUAGUCAGGGGAGCUUGAACAGUUCAGAUAGGCAGAGACUGAACCAGGGUCAGCACACCCCCUUAGCAAUCCUGCACUGAAGGAUGCCGAGGGAUGAGAUGACAUUUACUCUUGAGAGUGGGCCACAGGAGCAGUACUUCACAGAACAGGUCUUUUACCAGCAGGACCCUGUCCAUUGAGGCAGGGCUCUGUUCAUCUCUUAUUUAGGACAGGGUCUUAGAGAGCUACUGUGGUUGAAACAUUAACAUGUGAUUGCCCCAAAGGCUAUUGGUGAAACGGUAUCUCCCAUAAUAGGAGCCCAUAGAUAACCCACAGUGGUUCUUUGCCAGCUUGUCCUUCAGUUCUUUCCAGCCAGAUAGAACUUGACCUCACUUAGACUUUGCUAGCAUAACUCUGGAAAGCCGAGGGUCACCUUUGUGCCCUUAGUGGGGCAUUGGAAGAGGACUUGGGUGGCUCAAUUCCUUCUAUCCUAAGACCUAAAGUUGGAACUGACCUUCCAGAAUAUCUCUCACUCCCCUUUCACAUCCCACUCGUGGAUGAAGACGGUGAGGACCAGAGUUGUGAGUUGAUUUGUCCAGAGUCACACAGCUAAUCCUUAAUAGGAGAUUUGAUUUGAUUUGAACCUAGGCCCUCUGACUCCAAAGUCAGUGCUUCUAUUGGGCUCCAUUGGCAUGGAGAGAGUAAGAGGGAGCUGCAGGGAACAGUGAUUUGGUGUUGAAACUUGAUCAUUCUGCACUGUUUGGAGAUAGCCAUUAGCAGUAGUUUUUCAUGGCCUUGAUACAUAGACUGUUAGAGCCAUGGGGGACCUGAGCGAUCUGCUCAUAUAACUGCCUUCUUUUAUAAAAGAGGAAACUGCACCCAGAGAGGGCAGGUGGCUUGCAAAAUAUUCCCCAAAGAGGCAGAUGCCUCCCCCAUCUUGCUGGGCCCCAUGCUUGUUUGUGCCAGAUCUUCUGUUCUUGGCACACAAUUCUUUUUUUUUUUUUUUU